UUAGAAAUAAAGGCCUGUGGAAACAUGAAGAGGGUUAACAGCUGUGUGAAGAGUGAUGAGCAUGUCCUGGAGGAGCUGGAAACAGAAGGGGAGAGGCAGCUGAAAAGCCUCCUUCAGCAUCAACUUGAUACUUCUGUCUCCAUUGAGGAAUGUAUCUCUAAGAAAGAAAGUUUUGCCCCUGGUACUGUGUACAAGCCCUUUGGGAAGGAAGCAGCUGGGACUAUGACUUUGUCCCAGUUCCAAACACUACAUGAAAAGGACCAGGAAACUGCUUCUCUCAGGGAACUAGGGCUCAAUGAAACAGAAAUCAUGAUCUGGAAGAGCCAUAUUUCAGGUGAAAAGAGGACAAAGCUGAGGGCAACUCCUGAAGCAAUACAGAAUCGUCUUCAAGAUAUUGAAGAAAGGAUUUCAGAGCGUCAGCGCAUCCUUUGCUUGCCACAGAGAUUUUCAAAGAGCAAACAGCUGACCCGGCGAGAAAUGGAAAUAGAAAAGUCUUUAUUUCAGGGAGCUGAUCGUCACUCCUUCCUUAAGGCUCUUUACUACCAAGCAUACCACAAAAAGACAAGUGCAGACAAGUACAUGACCUCAAUGAAGAGGAAGAUAAAAUUAGGCACAAAAGAUGAACCCCAAAAGAAGAACAAAGGUGAUCCUAUGAACAACCUGGAAAAUUUUUACCAAGAGAUGAUAAUGAAAAAACGUCUUGAAGAGUUCCAAGUUAUGAGAGGUGAACCCUUUGCUUCCCACUCACUGGUCUCAGCUGCAUCAGUGGGUGAUAGUGGCACAGCUGAGAACCCAUCAUUACUCCAGGACAAGGGAAAACAGGCAGCACAGGGUAAAGGUCCCAGUCUCCAUGUGGCAAAAGUUAUUGAUUUUUCACCUGAGCAGUGUUGGACUGGGCCUAAGAAGCUGACGCAGACAAUAAAAUUUGUCCCAGAAGAUGAGAUCCAAAGAAAUCGUUUGUCAGAGGAAGAGAUCCGAAAAAUUCCUAUGUUUUCUUCAUAUAAUCCAGGGGAACCAAACAAGGUGUUAUACUUGAAAAACCUUAGCCCUCGGGUGACUGAAAGAGAUCUUGUGUCAUUAUUCGCUCGGUUCCAGGCGAGGAAAGGACCUCCAAUUCAGUUCCAAAUGAUGACUGGACGGAUGAGAGGACAGGCUUUCAUCACCUUUCCCAGUAAGGAGAUAGCAUGGGAAGCCUUGCAUCUAGCAAAUGGAUAUAAACUACAUGGGAAAAUAUUGGUGAUAGAGUUCGGAAAAAACAGAAGUCAACGGUCAGAUCUCCAGGCUGCUUCUCUCAUAUCUACUACAGAUAGUACUGUCAUGAUCAGUAAUAGCUAAAAUGAAUAUACAUAGUCCCAAAUGAUAAGUCUUGCAUCAGAAUCUUGGAGCUAGGAUUCAUGUAUAAAUUUGUUUGAAUAACAGAAAUUAACUGAGAGAGGAAUAAAAGUAAUUAGGACAAUGGCUUUCAGCUAUUGGAGACCAUUAGAAUGCAUUUUCUACAAUCAAUAACUAUAUAGGACAGACAAUAUCAUGAGUAUUAAGGGUAAUAUACAAAGUGUAUUAUUUUCUCAAGGUAAAUUACAUAGGAUUAUUCCUGAGAAUUUUGUAAAAUCUUUAUUAUUUUCUGACAUCUUCAAUAUUUACCCCUAGAAAUAACAUUCUUUUCAGGCCUGUCUCCUGUAUACAAAAUUUUAAAACUAAAUGUUGAAAUAUUUAUUUACUCAGGCACACUUAUUCCUAAUUUUAUAUACCCAGUAAAUAAAUGAGCAGGCCCCAAGGCCUAAGCCUCAACAAAUGCUAUUAUGUCAACACUAGUAACAGGAGAUAGAUUCAUAAAGCCAGUCAACAUGUUCCACACCAACUUAUCAGUCUUUAAAGUUCUAUAUAUUUUGCCAGGGAUUUAGCUCAGUGACCCUGAGCCUUCCUUGCAAGCACAAGGUCCUGAUUUAGAUCCCUGGUACUGAAAAACAAUUAUAUAUUUUUAUAAUUGAAAUCUUUUAGAUCAAAAUAUUGAUUUUCACAUGGCCAUUUAAUAAGCUAGAUGCCAUUGAGUAAUCAUUGAAUUCAAAGCAAUAAUUGUUGGACAUGUAAUAUAUUAACUAUAUAAGUUUAGAAGAAGAACAUGCUAGCAAGAAUACCAAAGGGACAUGGAAAGAGUUCUCUAGAAGAGAGAUAGCCUGUCUCAAAUCCCCUAGUUGUUUGUUUAUGGUUGCUGAAAAAAUAGAAGAACAAUAUGGUGCACAAGAAUUGCCACAAACUUUGGAGUAAAACCUUUAAUCCUCACAGCCAUACUUUCCACUCUGAACUUGAUAAGUCAUUUAAUCUGGUCCUCAGUUUUCUCAUCUACAAAACGAGGAUGAUAAUACUACUUACCUCAUUAGGUUGUGAGGAUUAAAUGAGAUAUUAUCCAGGGUGAAGAACAAAGAAAAGAGAAUGAAUAAAAAUAGAGAUUAAGGAUUUUUGAGAUACCUUUAAGCAUUCAGUGUGUGAUUAUUGGGAGUACAGAGAAAGAAAAGAAAAAGGAGUAGAAAAACAUUCCAAGAAAUAGUGUCUGAGCCACGCAUGGUGGCAUACAUCUGUUGUCUUAGCUAGCACUUGAGAAGCUGAAGCAGAAGAAUUGCCACAAGUUCAA